AUGCUGGACUCGCUGCUGCGCGGCUGCUGCCCCAGAGCCAAUUCCGGUGUACGUACUCUCCACCUUUUGAACAUCAAAAAUAAAAAAUUUUCUUCUCUCCCAAAAACUUUCCAAAUCCACAAAAGCGCAGCAGCUGCGCGCUGCGGGGCCCCCGUCGGCAGCGCCUCCGCAGCAGCAGCAGCAGCAGCGAGCCCAGCAGCAGCAGCUGCUGCUGUGCCAACCUGGUCACUUGAAAGGCCCUUGCCCUCUUCCAUCAGAGCAGCAUGGGCCCCUUCUAGCCGCCCCAGGGUCCCCCCCAAGGGAGGUCUUCGCGUAGAGGGGGCCCCCCAGGGGGCCCCCCCGGGGACCCCCCGGGGGGCCCCCCUGGUUGCCCGCUUGGGGCCUCUUCCCUUGUGGGGGCCCCUGGGUGCUUCCCCAGGACUUCUCUCGGGACUAGGUGCUCCUUUAUGUGCCCCCUUUGGGGCCUGCCCGGGCCCCUCUGAAAGCUGCCUUAGCCGCCCCUCGGCCCCCCCCCAGGGGGCCCCCCCGGUGCCCCCCCAGGGGCCCCCCAGGGGCCCCCCCGUGGGCGCCCGCGCUCGUGGGUCCCCCUUAAAGCCGCCUGUGGGGGCCCCCGCGGGGCGCCCUCUGGGGGCCCCCCUGGGGGGGCGCCCUCUGGGGGCCCCCCUGGGGGCCCGCCCGGGGGCCCCCCGGGGGCCCCCCCUGGGGGCCCCGGCGAGGGGGUGGCGCUGGGAGUUUCGGGGGUUUUCAGGGUACUACACGCCGAAGGUGCUGUGGCGGCGGAACCGGCCGCCGCCGCUGCUGCAGACCGGCGAGGGGCCCCCGGGGGCCCCCGGGGCUUCGAGUGGGGGCCCCCGUGCUGCGUUCACGCUAGCGAAGCAGCAGCGGCUGCUGGAGCAGCAGGCGCGGGAGGGCCUGAGCAGCAGCAGCAGCAGCAGCAGGAGGGGGGGGCUGCUGUUUGGGGGCCGGCGGGUGCAGCAGCUGGGGCGGCGGCGGGUGCAGCAGGGGGGCCGGAACUGCAGCGGGCAAAUAACUGUGCGGCACCGGGGGGGGCAGCAGCAGCAGCAGCAGCAGCUGCUGCAGGUGGACUGGCUGCGGGCGCGGCGGGGAGUGUGGGGCACGGUGCUGCGGCUGGAGCGGGAGCCGUGCCGCGGGGGCCGCGCAGCAGCAGCAGCAGCAGCGCUGCUGCAGCAGGACGACGGGGCGCUGUGCUACGUGCCCGCUGCUGCUGCUGCUCGCCCGGGGGACCGUUUGCUGGCAGCAGAACACGCGCCGCUGCUGCCCGGCUGCUGCUUGCCGCUGCAGCAGCUGCCGCCGGGCUCCAUAGUCUUUGCUGUUGAGCUGCAGCCGGGCUGUGGGGCCCAGCUAGCCAGGGCCCCCGGGGCCUUCUGCACUGUUCUUUCCAAAGACCCUUUUGCUGCUCUGUUGCGGCUGCCGUCUGGCGAGCUGCGGCGGCUGCCGCUGCGCUGCUGGGCCACGGUGGGGCAGGCCAUGCAGCCGGGGGCGGCGGCGCGGGGCCCCCGGGGGCCCCCCGGGGGCCCCCGCGCCGCGGGGCCCCCGGGGCCGCGAAAAGACCCCCCCUCCUGGGGAAGGCGGGGGCCGCUCGCUGGAGAGGCCGCAGACCCGCCGUCAGGGGCAAAGCCAUGCAUGCAGCCAAACACCCCCACGGGGGCGGCACUAGUCAGAAGAAAGUGGGGAGGGCCCCCGUGUCGCUGUGGGGCGUGUUGCGGGGAGGGUUUAAAACCCGCAGCAAACACAAACCCUCGCCGGGGGUGCUGCAGCGCCGGCGCAGCAAGCGCCUCGCCAGGCUCUUCGGCGCCUUCUGAGCCGCCUGCUGCUGCUGCUGCUGCUGCUGCGGGGAGCGGAGCAGCAGCGGGGGCCGGUGCAGCGGGAGCUGCUGCUGCUGCUGGGAGAGAACCAGCAAUGACGAAGGGCCCUUGA